AAACCCGUCCGUUAUGAAUGCUUUGCUAUUUAUGCUCUCUCUGCAACUAUUCUGCUCCCAUCAUCAAUCUUGAGUUCCAGAUUUUGUCGAGCUAAGAAAUCUAAAGAAAAUGGAUCUCAAGGGCGCAUUUACAGUCGCAUUGAUCUGCAUUGUCGUUGCCGGUGUCGGUGGCCAAGCUCCGGCUGCGGCUCCAACUAAAACUCCGGUGGCAGCUACCACACCGGCUGUAACUCCGGCGGCAGCUACCACACCGGCUGCGGCUCCUGCUAAGCCAAAAUCACCAGCUCCCGCCACUACUCCUGCUUCAUCACCACCAGCUGUUUCGUCACCGCCAGCUUCUGCUCCGACUCCUGCAAAGACUACGGUUCCAGCCCCGGCGUCUUCUCCACCAGCUGCUACACCAACGGCCUCAUCUCCUGCUACUACUCCGGUGAGUUCUCCUCCGGCUCCGGUUCCUGUGAGCUCUCCACCUGCGAAAUCUCCUCCUGCUCCUGCACCGACAACUCCUCCAGAGAGCUCUCCGGUUGCUCCGGUUGUAGCACCGAGUGCUGAGGUUCCAGCACCGACUCCGACCAAGAAGAAGUCAAAGAAGAAAAGUAGUGCACCUGCUCCUUCCCCUGCUUUGCUUGGACCUCCUGCUCCACCGACAGGAGCUCCUGGUCCCAGUGAAGACGCUUCUACUCCUGGUCCUUCUGUGGCUGCCGAUGAGAGUGGAGCAGAAACGAUGAGGAAUGUGCAGAAGCUGGUGGGAGGCUUGGCAUUGGGAUGGGCUGCUGCCAUGGCUUUGAUCUUCUAGAGAGAUCUGUAUCACUGUUAUUUUUAUUAUUCCAUUUUAUUUCGGCAUAUUUUUUUUAAUUAAUAUUUAAAUUUAUUGCUGCCAAUUGUUUGGUUACUGCUGUGGUUUUAUCCAUCUUGAGAUUUUACCACAUCGAUCUUCGGUGCAUGUAUUCUUUUGGUGAAGGUUGAGACUUAAGAACAGGACAGUGAGAUUUUUCCUAUUCCCCCUUCUUUAUUUAUUCCCUUUGGAUUCUUGUAGGAUGCCUCUCCUUUACUAUUAUUGUCAUCUUUCAUCUUUCAUUUUUAUAUUCAUUCAUCUUUUGUUUAUAAUUAAUAAAUAUCAUCUUAGCAU